UUGUAAGAACAUUGUCUAUUGAUGCUUGCUGUAUUCACAAGGCCUGUUUGGAGACUCAUCGUCAAAAGUCAUCGUCAAAAGUCAUUGUACAGAGAUGUCGUGCAUUGGGGAGCGGGAUGCCAAUGAGCUGGAUGCCAAAGAGCUGGAUGCCAAAGAGCAGAACGACCAAGAGCCGAACUGGCAAAAGCACGACGACCAAGAGCUAGUGUCAAAAGCUGAAAACCUGCCAUGCUGCGAUUCCCAUCAUGCUAAAGUUCAUCACAUCAAAGAGCCCGACGCCCAAGAUCGGGAUACUGAAGAGCUGGACGCCCAAGAGCGGGAUACACAAGAAAUGGACGCCCAAGAGCGGAGUACUCAACACGACCAAACCCAAAAGCGGCCAUGCUUGGAUCCUAGAGACCGAAGGAGUGAGGCCGAAGAGAUUGAGGCCGAAGAAAUUGAGGCCGAAGACAGUGAGGCCAAAGGGAGUGACGCGCAGAUGAGUGACGUCCAAAAGAGUGAUGCCCCAGAGAGUGAUGACGGGGAGCAUCUUCCCCAAGUCCUGCGAUUUGUCAAAUCGUAUGAGCUGUUCCAACAGAUGAAGCAGCAUGACGAGCAGGAACAAGAGAGUGACGCGCGAAAGAGUGACGUCCAAAAGAGUGACGUCCCAGAGAGGGAUGCCCAAGAGAGUGACGCACCAGGGAGUGACGCCGAAGAGAGUGACGUCGAAGAGAAUGACACCGAAGAGAGUGAUGUCGAAGUAAGUGACGCGCAAAAGAGUGACGCGCAAAAGAGUGACGCUCAAAAGAGUGACGUCCAAGAGAGUGACAUGGAAGAGAGUGACGCCCCAGACAGUGAUGACCGGGAGCAUCUUGCCCAAGUCCAACAGUAUGAGCUGUUCCAACAGAUGAACCAGCAUGACGAACCGGAAAAGCGGGAUUACCAACAGGGAGACGUUCAAGAGUGGGAGAAAUUGAAAGAAAGGUGGGAGAGAUUGAAAAACCAAUGCGAGCGGGAGGUCCAACAGGUGGAACAGGGGAAGCUACGUUUCCAACAGCAAGAGGCGAACAUAUCGAAGUGGAAGCGGGCGGCCCAAAAAUGUGAGCGGGACGCUCAACCGCGGAAGCGGGAUUGUGACCCACAGUUGGAGAGGGAUGUCCAACUGCCGGAGCGGGAGCUCCAGGCCCAACAGCGGGAGUGGGAGCUGCAGAUCCAAAAGCGGGAGUGGGAGCUGCAGGUCCAAAAGCGGGAGUGGGAGCUGGAGGUCCAACAGCGGGAUCGGGAUCUCCGUGUCCAAAAGCGGGAACUGCACGUCCAACGUCGGGAAUGGGAGCUGAAAGUCCAACAGCUGGAGUCGCAGAUGAAGGCCCAACAGCGGGAUUGGGAGCUGAAGGUCGUACAGCGGGAGCAGGCGGUUCACCAGCGUGAGCGGGCGGUUCAGCAGCGUGAGUUCAGCAGCCAUAAGCAGCGUUAG